GCUCGCACUUACAAUAUUGACUAUAUUCAACUGUAAAGCGAAUGCGGAGGUAAAUACCUUUCGUUUUUCGAGCAAUAUUUUAAGAUACUGCGAGUGAAGAGUAGGGCGCCCUGCGACGUAUUUUAUCAUCGGUUUGUUUCGAUAGGUAAGUACGUUUUGUGCUGAUCGAUAUCGAAGAGGUGGGGGAGAGAUUGGUGGGUAUGGCGACGUUUUUUUAAAAUAUCGUAAUAUCUGAUAAAAUCUCCUUUCGUUGAUUUACUAUUUUAUUUGUUUUUGAUGCUGGUGAAAAUUUAGUACGAAAGUAGAAAUCAUUGAUUGCAGUCGUUUGACCAACUAUUUGCAAUAUUGGAUGCUCUUGUUCCCGGUGCACAAUUAAACUCGCUCCCCACUGACUGCCGUUAUCUAAACGCCUGGAACAGGCUACCCUCUCCUCAAAAACCGAGGCUUUCAAAUUCUUAUUUGAUCUGGAAUGCACGGACACGUUUAAACAAGUUCUUAAGAACUCCUUGGUGCUUUCUGGAUAAACAAAUUACUUUAUUCAACUAGUUAUAGCUAUGGCUAAGUGCCAACGAGCAAAGAUUUUACCUUUACACAUGCUGUUCAAUUUGUUUGGAAAUGUUAUGAAUAUACCGUCACUUACGAAAAAAAGCUUGAACUCAAUUAGAUUGCAUAAGCGAAAAUUACCUUAAAAUUAAAUUUAAAACAUUCCAAACAAUGAUGGUAAGAAGAUUCCCUGCUUAUAGCAGUCUCUCCCCCUCCCUGAAAGACUACAUACCUCAUUAUUCAAUGCCAUGUCACACAGAGGUGCUUUUGUUUAUAUCAAUAUAUACUGCAUUCUCAGUUUAUAUCAGCCACACAAGAAAUGGAUAUAAAUUGCAAGAAACCUUAAGUUUUGUCUUUGUAUCAUUUCAUUUCAUUCAUUUAUUUUGCUAACAACCAUUAACUGUAUAUUAAUUUUAUAAUUUGCAAAACAAAUAUACAUAUAUAUUAAAGAGAAUAGUCACUGUUCAAUUUUACAAAUCUUUGAAAUGGUUAUGGCAAGGAAGCCUAUAAAGAAGCCAGGGCUUAUAUGGGUACUCUAUUUGGAUUAAGGGUAUACUGAAUGAAAAAAAUGGAUUAAUAUAAAAAUUAAAGAAAAAAAGGAAGAUUAAGAAGGAACUUUUUACACAAACUGAUAAUUCCACUGUUUUGAAUUUCAUGAAUUAAUGAAAAUCACAAUAAUUAUAUGUAGGGGCCAGUUAUCUAACAUUGUGGAAUUUCACACUCUUUACAAACAAUGGCUUGUUUCAAAGAAUAUGAUAUGAGAACUGGUUCAUAUUAUGCAUAAUUAUAGUGAACAAGACGCUAUGGGGGCGUGUAUUUGGGCAUCGAUGUACUGGCAUGUGUGAAGUUUUUUUUGUGUGUAUCAGGGAAGUGUGAGUGUAGCAUAUAUUUUAGGGGUUGGUUGAGAUGUGUGAAGUGGAAGCAUGGAGUUAUAUCGGACUUGGACUGGCAAGAUGGCUGUAGUUUGUUAAUCAGUGAACCUGGUUUCUCUUAGAAUUUAGUAUGAUAGUAACAAAAAAGGUGUUGCAGUGAGGUAGUUAUAUUUAUUUACCAGUAACGCCUACCGAUUGAUGGCGUAGUAGUGCUAAUUUGGUAUGAAGGGAUAGUGUAGUUGCAGUCUGUUGAAAUGAAAUGGUGGUUGUGAUAGAUCUUAUCAAUAGUAAAAAACAUACUUGUACUUAUUUUGAAUGUUGUUAGGCUUUCUGUCUUGGGAAGAGGGUAAGAAGGUUCUAAGGGGGGGGGGGGGACUGAAAUUUUGUGUGUUUUGGGGUGACUUUGAAAAAUCGUUGAGUUCAAGCGGGAGGGCAUAAAAUCUGGCUAUAGAACUAAGGGCCUGAUUACAUGAGCCAAACUGGCUCACAUUAAAGAGAUCUCUCUACCUUAGUUAAGCGCAACAAAAAUCAAAUUGCAAUUACAUGAAAACCAAGCCAGCCCGUUUAGCUAAGAUCCCAGUGGAAAUUUUCCAAACAAUGAUGUUUGGUGGGUGGCCCAGCAAAUGAACCAAGAGAGAAACAGGACAGUGAGUAACACACGGCUCAUGAUGCGCUUUGCUUCCAAUCUCAGUACAAAAAAUGGCGGCUCUGGGCUGGCCCUUUUCAUGAAGUACGUGACAAAAGUCAAUUCGGCAGAGCUAGCCAGCCCAGCUCUUGUGAUCAGGCCUUUACUGUGAGUUGUAUUGUCAUGCAGUUUACACAUGAAAGCUUUGGAAUUUGUCACUUUUGUGGUUCGUGACUUAAUCGAAUUAACCCAAGGGUUUUAAAAAUAACGAAUGCAGUUUGCACCUGAAGAGGUUGGACUUUGCCUCCUUUUACACUUUGAAUGUGAAAGAAUACAACUUGUUUAUGAGAUCAUUUUGCUCAAUACGAUUUUAAGAAAUCACCCCCUUUCUGAAAAUCUGCAAUGAAAUUAUGGAUCAUUCAAUGUUUACCCUUAUUAUCUCAUGCACCAUCACAGAAUUUUGUGUGACAUCUUCUUUGGCUUUUGAUAACUGAGGGCAAAUUAUUUAAUAGUUUGUUUCACUCAGCCUACCUUGUGUUUUCGAUAAAUUUGAUUUCUAUUGCCGAUUUGUUUACCCUGCAUUAUCUGUGGGACGUAUGCAAUGAGGAUAAAUGCUGUGUUGUGACACGUUACGCAGCAGACAUUCUAGUCGCGUCACUUGCCUUGUUUACGCUCACAUGUAUUUGCAUUCGUUUUGCAACUUUCAAUUAAAACAAACGAUCUCAGUUAUUCUAUCUGGGCGAUGCUCAAAUAAUAAUGUAUACGUGUACUCUAUGCAAGUGUGGAGAGCACAUGAAAAGUGUAAUUUGAUCAUGGGACAAUUAAUGUCUGACUAGAUUAAAACUGUCUACGUUUAAACUUAGCCCAUGGCUCAUGAAUUCUUACUGUCGUCAGACAUGAUAAGAUAUCUGAACAAUGCUAUUAUUACCAAAGGCUGUCAUUUUGCAUAUGAAUAAAAAAUAUAAUUAACCUAGAACUGCUUUGAGCACAUUUGACUUGUUCAAUAAGAUAGAACUUCUGCAGUACAUGUACCGGUAAUUAGUCUACAUUUUAAUGUCGCAUCACUUAUUCUGUGAAGCACAUUUACCAUCGAAGAUGCAUAAUGUUUUAGAUAUUGAAACAUUUACAGUAAGAACCCUAAAUGACAGCUAUUAGACUUCCUUGCAAAAGUUUUUUUUCUGAACAUAACUUAGCUGUUAAUACUAAUUUACCCUUUAAGUAUACACCACAUUUUUUCAAUCUACCAUUGCAGAUUAGAUUUUACUGGCUAUUAAGUUUCCUUGUUACAUUGCUUUAAGUACUGUUACAGUCUGAAUUACUGUAAACUUUGUAAAUUGUAAACUAAUUGUAACACUUGUGUGACAAAUUUAGAAAACAAUAAAAAAAGCAUUGAAGAAAAUACACAAUUUAAACUGAAGAAGCUUAAACUCUUCUCCAUAAAGUAAAAUUCCAGAAAUAAUUGCAAUGUUUACAGCCAUAAUCUUUCCAUAGUCUAACAGUAAUAAGUACUUACAUACAGUAUCUUUUCAGGACUUUACUUUGUCUUCACCAUGGCUGAUGAAGACCGUAUGAGGUCAGAGAUUGCAAGAAUGCAAAUGAGAGGAGAUGAGCUGACUGAUCAGGUACAUGUUUUACAAUUCCCUUAUCAAACAGACAGAUAUGCUGCAGAUAUGCUCCUCCUAUCUGCAGCAUAUCUGUGAAAUAUAGAUCUGUCUGUGAAGUAUAGGAAUUUUGCCUCAAAUUUCUCACUGUCACAGAUAUGUGACAGAUAUUAAUCAAAGCAAGUUAAUACAUAUCUGCUAAAACAUCUGCACAUCAUAUCUGUGACAGGUAUGUUGGAUGCCUGAUAGCUCAGUAUUAAUUAGUAUGCCCUGAACUACUACUGUAGUAGCAGUACAGGGGGAAACUACCGUAGCUCCCCAUAGCAUAUUAGGUGACAAUAGUUAAUGAAUAAGUACGGCCAUCAUCAAGUUUUAAAGAGAAUAGCUGGAUGAUUUAUUUACAUCUCAACAGCUAAUGUAAAUCUCAGUACAAAUUUGAGAAGUGAGAACUUAAGUGUGAUCACAUGUGUGAUCACACUUAUAAAUGUGUGAUUUUAGUGAAAUCCAACAUCUUUUUUACACUUUGUCAAACUUCUUUCUUGAAUUCAACAAAGUGUGAUUUUAAUACCUUUUUGAUUAAGCACUAUUAUGUACAUCAAAAUGUUUGAGUGUUAUUAAAAUGCAGAGGACAUUGCUUGAGGAUUGUGCUGCUAAAUGUUACCAGAAAUACAGCCACACAAAUAUUGAACUUGAACAUAUCCCCCCCCCACUCCAACAAAAAUAUACAAUCAUUAUGUUGAAGUCUGCUUUCUGCCCCUGCACGCCAGUGAACAACAUUGAUUCAUUGGUUGAGUGAGGGGACAGGUCAUUGAAGGAUAGGUGUCCUGUGGGAAAGAAAGUACAAAACAUAUUUUGUUAAAGAUUCUAUAGCUACAUAUGCAAGUUUGAAAAUAUUCACCAAGGGAAUUUUCAGUUGAAAGGCAUGAUGAAACAAUAAACACCUUCAGCUCUCACAUGAAACUAGACGAAAUAAACUGGAUCGUGAUUGGUGAUGAUCUUCUUAACUUAACAGAUUUAGAGAUACUCACGACAGUAGUCAGUGUCAUGUAGUUGGCAGAAAAAAGUAGCUUAAAUUAUAGUUUUGCAAAAAUUUGAAAUCAAACUCUAAAAUAAAGAGCAUAUCAGAGAUGCUUGUUACAAUCUAAAAAGGAAAAGAAUAGUCCUCAACUGUAACAAAUACUGUACUGUUACUGUUAGAUGGAAAGGUGUUUAAGGAUUAAGUUUUAAUAUCAUGAGGGCGUGCAUUAAAUCACUGGGUUAUUAACUCGCCCCACGUAAGGGAAUCUUUUAGCUCGUAGAAUCCGGAAUCCUUGGCAUUAGAAUCCCGAAAAUACAUCUCAAGAAAUCCGGGAUCCCACUAAAGAUUAGAAUCCAGUAUCUAAGUUCCACUGAAAAACACUGAAAUCUAGUACGUGGAAUCCGGAAUCCAAGGCGUGUAAUCCAGAAUCCAUUAGACCGUCUUGGAUUCCAUUAAGCUUACAUGAGGUGAAAAAACCUAGAUUGUUGGGUCAAGUCCUCCACAAGUUAAGUACUCUAUCAAUAGAGUCUCAACAGCCUAUAGCUGUGCCGAAAGCGUUAAAAUCCUGUGCUCAGUUCCUCGAAAAUUAAUUCAAGGUUUAAUAUUUUAGUCCAAAUUUUGUGAUUAUUCAGUAUUAUGCCUUAAUUACUUGCUCCGAGAUCGAGCUAUAAAAAUGAAAACACUUAAAACAACAUGUAAGACAGUAAAUACAAAAAAGAAAUUUUCUAUCAAUGCUGUAUUAUGGACCUUAAACUGAAAGUGUUCAGUACAAGAACUUUGCUGCUUUGUUGUCGUUUAAAACAAUUUAGCUCAACUUCAAAUUAAUGAAUGCAAUCUGUUUAGUAAAAAAAAUAAGAAGCAGCAGAUCGGGAGAAGAAACUAAAAUGUAGUUCCUUUCUAAGGAUGCUUUCACAAGCAUCGACAUCUUUCUUCAAAAGAGUAAAAGAUACAGAGAGAACCCAUUUAUCGAAAGGACAGCACUUAGUGACUUAGUUUUCAGGGUUUUCAGCUAGUCUCUGACACAGGGAACCCGAACGCUGUAUUAGCUAAUAGAAAAUUAGAUGUAUUUACGCUGUAUCAGCUAAUAAAAUAAUAAUAUGUAUUUACCUUUGUUCCUGUGUCUUUAUGAGUCGUUCUGGAAGGGAUAUGAAUCCGAUCAGAGACGGUUCCCAACAUUUGCUGGUUAUCAAAUGCGUUUGCUUGUCUGGCGCGUCGUAAAUUACUAAGGACGCUCAAGUUUCGUCUCACGUUUCUGAUAUUUUUAACUAUUAAUUUUCCUCUGACGGCCAUGAGAAGAGACGAGAUCAUCUCCCAAGGAGAUCGAGAGUUAAUAGUUAACAUGAAACGUGAGACGAAACUUGAACGUCUUAUGUAUGACUCGUCAGACUAUUAAAGCAAACGCAUUUGAUAACCAGCAAUGUUAACCGUCGCUGAUCGGAUUCAAAUCCCUUCCAAAACGACUCAUAAAGACACAGGAACAAAGGAAAAUGCAUCUUAUUAUUUAUUAUUAUUCAUUCAAAAUAUUUCCCCAAUUCUGAUUGGCUAAAAGCACACGCAUAAUUCACCAUAACCACUUACUGAUGACCAAAUUUUGAAGAAUUUUGUGUUUAACGAGGAAAUGACGUCAAAAAUGCAGCCUAGUCUACAGGUUAAGGCACCGUUAACCGAGAAGACCUGGGGACGAGGUUGAGUUGUUUUCGUUCUGAAAACUAAAAUGGCGGCUACUUCACUCGUUUCAAGAGUAAGAAUUGAAUUCGGCUUUUGUAUCAUAUGAAGAAUUAUGGAGAUCUCGGAGGGUGUUAUCCGCCUCGGCCUCGACGAAUAACACCCUCCUCGAUCUCCAUAAUUCUUCAUAAGAUACUCAGCCUCAUUCAUUAAUCGUUAAAUAAGCUAAUACAGCGUAAAUACACCUAAUUUUUUCUAUUAGCUAAUACAGCGUUCGGGCGCCCUGUGGUCUCUGAUUAUUAAAAUGAAAUCUUCAUCGGAAAUAAGGAUUACAGGUCGAUGUAGGUCAUGUAGGGAAAAAUAAAAGUCGUUGGGUUUCACGGUGACGUCAUCAAGUCAAAAUAGCGAGGUUUAACGAAUUCUUAUUUACACUAGGUUGAAGAUAAACAAAAAGUAAAUCUUUGUACAAAUUUCCAUUCCCGUAGCAUGUUUCAUUUCAAAUAUACAGCAAUUUGAACUUCCGAGUUUUCACAGUGCGUGACACCAAAAUAGGAAUGCUAUCUCGUCUCUCCUCUUGAUUUUCAGUUGUACAACCAUUUCAGGUAUUAGAAGAUACGUUUAUGCGUACGUAUGCUAGUUCUCGAGCGAAAAGAAAGAGCUUUUAUAGAAAAAGUGAACUCCAGAUGUUUUUGUUGAGUUCCGGCGGCCAUAUUGAUGGUGCACCAAAAUGGUGCACCAAUAUGGCGUCUCCAUACAAAGCUCUACAAAGGUGCGUGAAACGUUUUGGCAAAUAACUCAGAAACUGUGGUUCACAAAGACCUGAGACUUGGACAAAUUGUUUAUAUAUUAGUCUUUUAUAACAUUUCAUUUUCCUGGCUUCUUCAACUGGACGGUUUCCAAUUUGUUUUUUUGUUGCGUGACAGUGAAAACGAUUGUGAUUGAACGAAUGAAGAGAGUUUGGUAGCCGUGGCAGCCUCGUUCAGAAAUUCGCGCCAAAACCGUGAAAACGUUCGUCAAAACACGGGUGCUAGGAUCCAGUCUUUCAUCGUCCCGUCCGAGUGCGGCCAUCGUUCGCAUCGAUCUUUAAGAUCCUGUAGAUCUUUCAGCCCUUUGUGCAUGUGCUGUUUUUUUUCUUUCCAUCGGUUAAGUUAAUGAACAAUAUGUGAGGGACAAGCAUGAGAUCUGAACUGAGGUCAGAGUAAAAGAAAAUUGCUUGAGCUUCGUACAUCACCUUGAGUUCGCAAGUAAAGAUCGAAGUCAUUCUCCGUUUAUCGAUAUUUUUACCCACUGUUUUACCUGUCGUUGUACAGAAGCAGAAGCUCAAUGCCGAAUGGAAGAAAAAAAGUACGUCAAGGUGAGUAUGUAUGGCUGUAUUUUUGGUCAUUUUAAUUACACGUAACAAUUUUCUUACUUAUUUUGAUUUAAGCUUCAAGGCAUGCACGACAAACGCAGACUGCAGACUUUCAGACUGGCACAUAAACAUUGUUCUAAAAUGCUCUAGGGUUAAUUAGGGUUAGGGUUAGGCUUAGGCUUAGGCUUAGGAUUAGAGCAUUUUAGAACAAUGUUUACCUGCGACAGUCUGCAAGUUUGCAGUCUGCGUUUGUCGCACACCGACGGUCAGUAUAACACAUGGACUGCGGACUGCGGACCACGGACUGCGGACUGGGUAUAAAACACGGACUAGGCUUAAGAUGCAGACCACGGACUACGUUGGUUAAAUUAACCUUUUAUUAAAAGGAAUAAGUAAUUGUUUAUUAAUUUGUUGAUUUAUUUUUCAAAGACCUUUUACCUGUAAUAUCCUCUGUGAAGAUCUUUAAUUACUGGCUCAUUAAUUCCUAUAUGUUUGAUGAUGUUUUUACAGUAAUUAUUAGAUGUACAUGAUUUGUAUUGUAAUAACUGUGCUCACUUCCCAAGAAGUGCAUCAUUUAGGAAAAACUACAACAAAACAUUAUAUAGCCUGCGCGCAGACGAAAUUAAACUCUGGUUAACUCCGUCUGCGAAACAGCGCCGAAAUCCUUGUUCUGGACUUCCAGCUGUGUACCCAGAUUUGAGUACGCGCCACGAUUGGCCAGUUAAAAAAGGCCUUUGUUUUGUUUGUCGUGAUCGCCAAUCAGGUUGAAGGGGAAUUCGAAACGCACUUCCGGUAAUUCGUUGAGUCCGUUGGGGGUCCAGAACAAGGAUCUCUGCGCUGCUUCGCAGACGGUACUAAUCAGAGUUUAGUUAUCGUCUGCACGCAGGCUAAACAUUAUAGUACCAUGUUCAAAGCCUGAUGUUUGCACUCCUGUUUUUUCAACUUGAAUACUAAAAACAUAUGCAUUGAUUCUUGCUUUACGCGAUUCUCGUCGCGCAGGAAACUAGACGCGACUGGUAACUGACUUUUGAGCGGUACUGUACAUGCAACGAUUGAAAUUAAUGUUGUAAUGCAACUGUACAAUUACUGAAUCCACUUAAAUAUAUUUUCAUAAGCUUUGGACAAAUCUGCCGUAAUUUUCAGUCUGUCUACUUUGAAUGCAAUUAUUAAUGGAACGAUUUCCUAAAAAUGAAAAUGAGCAGUUAAGUACUAAAAUGCACCUAUCCUAAAGUGCAUAACACCAAUUUAAUUAUUUCAUUCAACUUGUUAUCAUUAGUAUCAUGAGGAUUUCCAGUGAGAUUUGCUUGAAAGAGUGAUUUCGUUUCACCACUGCCAAUGAAAUCACACUUCUGUAUCACACUUCUUUAUCACACUUCUUUCUACACGAAUCACACUUCUCAAGCAUGAAUUCUAAGAAAUCACACAAGUGAAGUGUGAUUAAAAGUGCGAUUCCAUGAAUCACACUUCUAUCACACUUUCAAAGUGUGUUUACACAUAUGAUCACACGUUUUUUUCGGUCUGCUCCUAGCUUCUUACAAGAUAAGUUGACUGGCUGGGUCAGUUAUAUGAAAAUUGAAUGGAUUAUUCAUGAUCAGCCUUCAGAUGUUCAUUAGUAAUUUUAUAGCAGUAUCUGCCUGAUAAAUGUCUUGAGUAUAAAAAGCAAUACAAAUUGUUUUGUUUAACACUUUUCCAGUGGAUUUUAACUGAUACAGUAAAGUCCCGCAACUAUAAGAACCUGGAUUUAAUUCCAAGUUAGCCCACAAAGGUUGUUAUAUAAAGGGUAUUAAUUCUCUUCUAGACUACUAUUAAUUGUAAUAUUUUGAGAAAGCCGAUCAAAAUUUAGUAUAUUACUCCAAUAGACAGUUGUAGUACUGUCUUAAAUUCAUUAUUAUUCUGUUAACCUGUGGUAAAAACAUUUUAAAAACUCCCACGUGUUGCCUUCAACAAACUGCAGUGGUACGUCUUGCUGUGAAUGUUUUGCUUACAUUCUUAACAUAGUUCCCACCCAAUUGUCUUUAUUUAUUUGUCCACUUAUAAACACAUGUGCUUACCUGUGUUCUUUAUCAAAUGUCUUUCAUCACUAUUCUUUCAGGGAGGACGUUGUCGAAGUAAUCAACAUCAGUGCAAUUUAAGAAAAAUGUGUUUACGUGGAGUUUAGAGAGUGACACACACAGUACAGCUUGCUUAUAUUAGCAGAUUUCUUAAUUUUAUUGAGACAGAUUAGAAUUGAUCUGUCAUCUGACUGAUAAUGUUAUUGAGAUGUAACUGUAUUAAAACUAGACUUUUUUCUAGUAAUAAUUGCAAAUUAGGGGAGUGCGUUCCAUGGGGAGGGGGAGGGUGGUGAGUAGUGAGCGGUAAAACUAGAUUAUUCUUACUGUUGCAUCAGUAGGUAUUGCACCUAUAAUGAAGUAUCAUGGAUUAUACAGUGUGUAAUUAUAACGUCGCCUAAAAGGCUGCUGCAUUAUUAAAGUUUUUCAGCAACAACUUGAAAUUACAGUUUUACGACAGGGACCGCGCAGCAAGUUUUCGAGUGGGGGGGCUAAAGAAGAAUGCGAGAAGGCAAUUUUUUUUUUCCACCUCUUCAGUGAUGUUGCUAUCGGGUCUGAAAAUUCACCAUCACUAAAUUGAAAUAUCAUAGAUUGUUAUGUUAUACUACUGAUAACAACCUUUAAUUACUUGAAUAAGCCAGAAAUCCAACGAUUUUGCUUGAGCUGCCUUGAACUCAAGGCUGUAUAAUUACUGAGCAAUUAUUGCACGAGGCUGAGUAUGAUAUGAAGAGUUAUGCAAAUCGAGGGGGUUAUCCGCCAAAGCCGAAGGCUUGAGCCCGGUGGAUAACACCCUCCGAGAUCUGUAUAUCUUCAUAUCAUACGAAAGCCGAGUUCAAUAAUUGUUUAAUUAUUCAUUCAAAAUAUUUACACGGCAAAACAAAACGGUAACUGAAAAUAAUUUAGUGAAUGAAAAUUCAAUUAUAGAACAGAUUCAGAAAAAAGUAGCAAAAAUUAUGCAGAGUUAACUCACCAGAUAAAGAAGGUUUUCCAUUUUGUUUGCAAAAGUAAUCAGAAAUUUUAAGAGAUCUCUUCUUUGCAUUACUAGUGGUAUGUGAAGUCUUGUCUUUGCCAGUAACUCUGGUCACUUUCGAAUUAACGAUUUUUUGCUAUUUUUCACUCCGUUACUUUUGCUAAGUUAUUUUUUGUUUAAUUUAUUUUUAUACUUGCAAAAAAGUGGGGGGGCUAAAGCCCCCCAGCCCCUCCCUCUGCGCGGUCCCUGUACGAACACCAGACCUACGACACAGCCUGGACAUUCUAAUGUGGCUUGACAAAAAAUAUGGCUUGCUUUGUAUAUUCAGCCAUUAUCUGUUACAUAUAUGUGGUUCAGUACAGAUACUUUGCAGAUAUUUUCUACAUAUCUGUUAAAUAUCUGUGACCAUCUUUGCAGAUAUUUUGCAGACAUGGGUGAACUCAUUACAGAUAACUGCAGUACUGUAACAGAUAUGUGGCAGAUAGUUGCAGAUAGCUGACUUAUUUGUUCGUUUGGUAAGGGAAUUUUUUAAUUGUAUUUACAAUUUAUUGAUUACGUGUAGACAUGUCAAUAAAAUGAAUAUCUAAUGAAGACUAAGCAGUAUCACUAUAAAAAAUACACCAUUAUAAAUGCAACAAUGCCUAGAGCAGUGGAAACUGUGUGCAGGACUCACAUAUUGAAGAGAUUUUAAGUGCAUGACUGCAUAUUCUAAAAUGGCACUUGCUUCACAGCUUUCUCUCUUUAUAUACAAUAAUAUUGUAUACCCCAGAAGAUAUCUAUGUAUUGAAAAGGCCAAAUAAAGGGAAAAACAUUCACGUCCUUUCUUGACAAAUAAUGUUAACCCAAUCCCAUUUCUGCUGCCGGUCACCACCUGUUUAGAUUUGUAUACAGUCAAAGCCCCUCAAUACAGUAAGAGUCCGUAUUAACAGGGUGUCUGUUUUAAACAGGUCAUGUGACUAAAAUAAAAAAUACACUUUUGUUAGAACGAAAUUCCAAAGAACACAAAGUUGUCAUUUGACGCUACUGUUGAACCCUGCUUUAUGGACACCCGCUUAAUAUAGACACCUCAUUAUUACGGACAGUUUUCUUUGUCCCUGGCGAAAGCCCGUACAUUUUCUCUAAAUUCAACCGGCGUUAUAUGGACACCCAUUGAUACAGACAACAGACACUUGCCUAUGAACACAUUUCCACUAUAGAAAGAGAACCUCGCUUAUGCGGACACUUCAUUACCAACUUGUGUUGUAGCAAACCUUUCCUUUUUGAAGGCAACAAACCGUCAGUGAACAGCAUUUUGAUGUUCCCAGUGCUACCGUAAACCGGAUAGAAGGAUAGUAUACCUCAAUUUCAGAUUCUUUCAAGUGAUCAAACUGGUUAUGCAGCGAUAGUUAUCUGGAUGAGCUAGAUUUGAGUGUGUCCGUGGAUUUAGUCUGUAGAAUAACGGAUUUGUGAAAGUUGGGGAUUGACUUAAGUAGUUAACAUACACCCCUUUAAUAAGGACAUGUUUUAUAGUCCCUUCAGUGUCUGUAUUAAGGCCGGUUUGGCUGUACCUGUACAAGGCUGUGCUCUAAGGAGAAUUGAAGGGUGCCCAGUGCUCUGAACCUGUAAAAUCUAGGUUGCCCAGCAUAUGAUUUGAAUGAAAAAUCUCAGAUUUUGUAGUCGCCCAGGAGUAAAAGUUGGGCGCAAGGGGCAACCGGGCUCUGCUAGAGCACAGCCCUGCCGUAUAUUUACAUGUAUGUCCAUGGGGAACACUCAAAAAUCGUUCAUUUUAAAUACAUUACUAAAUCAAGAUUUUUCUCUGCACAACUCAUUUACUGUAUACAGUCAAACCUGUAUAGAGUACCAAAGUGUGACGUCAUAAAAGUGAAAUUUCUGAAAUUAUGGGAUUUCUCAGGAUAUUCUGAAAGAACAAUGUCCAAGAGGCCUACUUGCUAAAAAUAAGCAUUUCGGGGCAAAUUGUCUCUGAGAUCGUAGCCCAGUUAUGCUUAGAAAUCUCCAUACAAACCCUUCUAAAUUUUUUUGGGUCGACUCCCCAAAAAAUUAAAAGGGUUUGUAUGGAGUUUUUUGAGUAUAACCGGCUAACAUCUCAUAGACAAUUUGCCCCGAAAUGCUCAUUUUUGGUAAGUAGGCCUCUUGGACAUUUUUCUUUCAGAAUAUCCUGACAAAUCCCAUAAUUUCAGAAAUUUCAUUUUUAUGACGUCAUCACUUCAGUACUCUAUUAAGCGGCACCGUAUUAAGCGGUCAGUUUUCAAAGUCCCGAAAAUUACUUUCCUUCAUGCACUGUAAGUUCGACCGCCAUUAAUCGGCCACCUCUAUUGAACGGUCGCGGUCACCAUUUGCGAAGUCCCAACGGGACUUUUUCUAUUGUCUUGACCUGUGUUAAACGAUCACACGGUGUCAAUUACUUGUUCAUACAGUUUAAAAUACUGUGACGAGCGAGGUACAACAAUUGAUUUUCUUGUUUAUUUUCGCAAAUCAUUAAAACGCCUGAAAUGAAUGUUUCUAUGUCAGGUCAAACGUCUGUUCUGAUCAGCAAUGGAGAUCGAAUAGGCAAGUUUCGUAUUCCCGGACGGCCAAGGACGAGUGCUUAUUUUUGUGCGAAAGCGAGACUAAUGCGGGUCACUUUUCACAAAGAAGACAAACAAACAUGAGAAAACUGCGCCGGAGUUGCCGAUCGAUUGAAACGUUGAAAGGUUCCCGAGGUCUCAAAACUUACUUACAGGUAUGAGGCUUGAGAAAUUAUUGUUUCAAACAGCAAAACGAAAAUCCCCUCGUCAUCACUGAGAAAAACAACGAGCCUAACCAGACAUUGACCGAAAUGGUGGUGGGUGAGUGAGUUCAAUAAAAAUGCGAAGAUGGUUUCAAUUCCUUAAACAAGUUAAUAGCCUGAAGCCAUUUUAAUGUUAUUUCAUUGAUGGUUAAAACUUAUUUAAGUCAUACCUUCCCUUGGAGUGGACGUACUUGUUGAAAGCCUGCAAGUUAAAAUGAAACCUUAUUUUUAGUUGACAUUUUUCUCACGGAGCGAAUGCAAAAUCUUGUGCCUUUGAAAAAAAAAUAACAAACCGACGGGGCAGACGUUCUGCAUACAUUCCUUGCACUAUAAGGAAGUGAAAUCGGUUUCAAGGAAGAUGACUAAAAUAGUAUUAUUUAUACAUAAGCUUACAUUUAACUUACACAGAAGCAUAUAAUAUAUGCUUCUGGCUUACAUUUCGACACAUUAUUUAUCAAAAUAUUCAGUCCCAAGAAAAAUGUACACGCAUUUCACUCGACAAGAACUCAACCAGAAUUUUAUACAGACGAUAUACUGCCAUUUUUAACUCCAUUUUACAGAUAUACACAAGAGUAAAGUAGAAUACUAAGAAGUAAGAUAAUGAAAGGGAAUAAAAUAUUGUCAAUUUGACAAGCUUUACCCUUUUCAAGCUUAAAAAGCUUACGUGUUCUUUUGGCUUCGUCGCUUUUUUCUUUCGUCUGUGAAGUACGAUUACUGAGCUUUUCAAACAAUUUUGGUGUUUGCAACAGAUAUCCCUUUGGCUUACAGUAUGUAUCUCAGUAUUCGGUCGGUACCAGUAUCCGGACACUUAAAACAAGAACUCAAUUUUUGAGGCGCCCUUUUCAGUUCUCGGUAAACGAAGUAUUUCGAAUGAAAGCUGACCAUUUCAGCUUUAAGAUGAAAGUUUUGGCUAUUUGAAAGCUUGCCAAACAGUCGCAGAAGACGCCGUUCUGUUCAGGUGAGUAAACUUUUCAUGGCUAAUAUUUACGCUGUUUCCCGCGCAGUAAAAUUAGUGCUGCUCAGAAAAGGGAGGGUAAUGUGUGAUAUUUUCAAAGAAACUGUUUUAUUUUUAAAGUGAAGAUACUUAAGGAAGUUAGGUUUUCAGAAAGUUUAUUAAUUCUUCUUGAAAUUCGAUUUGUUUGGAAUAACGGAGGUCAGAAACAUUCACUAAGUAUUGAUGUCAGGUGCCCAGUAUCCGGACAGUUUUUUCUUUGCUGUACAGAAUCGAUGAAUUAGCAGUGUACAUUAUCCAGAUAAGAUUUAUUUCAUAUCAGUAACUAUAAUUAAAGCUUAGGAUAUAUGAGAUAGUCGUAAAAUGUAAUUCUAUUCAACUCCGUAUGGAAAUUUUUUUCAGAGGCGACAUGAUUUCGUGUGCACGGCUUCUUUCGCGUGACUGCAUUUUCUAUAUAUAACCGAAAGCGUCUGAGUUGAACCUGGAAUUCUCAUACUUUCUCCAGUUGUGACUGCUAGAAUGGGGUUGCAACGGUCUGAAAAUGUCACAAAGGGAUUGAGAGAUGUGAAAGAAGGAGGAAUUAGUUCUAGAAAAGCAGGCUUAUUGUGGGGACUGAGCAUGAAGAAAUCAACACCGCAGGUCAGACUAAAUAGGAGAGUGACCUUUGACCGUCGGACUGAGGUCCCGGCCCAAUCUUUUUUUUUUAAAUAAAAAAUGAAGAAAAAGAAAGUCGUUUGCAGAUUCAAUUGAGCUUGCAAACUGCGGCUUCGGCAUGUCCACGGAUGCCUUCUUUAAAUCAGUGAAAAAGUUCCUAGACAAGGAAGUGAGAAUUAUACCAUUUUUAAAACAGCCGCUCACAUCCCAGUCACUUGUUACGUUUUAUUUCACGAUGCUAGGUUACAUUUUUGGAAUCGAUAGCCAGACUACUUUGCAAGUGCAAGAGAAGCUUAUAAGUCGCUUGCCUGUCGAAAUUUAUGUACAAUUACGUUGUUUUUGUUGUGUCCGGAUACUGGGCAACAUAGGAGCUCUGCAAAAAUAUUAAUUUCGCGAUGGAAACAAGGGCAAAAAAGUUAAGCUGUCUUUCGUCAUAUUAAGGACUAAAUAGAUUUUCUCUGGGCAAAUUUUAGAGCUCUUGCGAUUAACAAAGGAAAGAUACUGCAAUCUUAAACUGAAGUGUCCGGAUACUGGGCAACAUAUUGUACUGGUAAAGCUACUCAGUGGCAAACAAGACCCUACGGACCUAGCGUACACUUCGGCGUCGUUGUUGUGGAACUAAUUAAUUGUGAAUGCGGAGGAAUAGUAAGAAAUCAAAUACGGUAAGAGUAAAAUAUAAGGUGUGAAAUUAUGGGAUUUGUCAGGAUAUUCUGAAAAGAGCAACAUCCAAGAGGCCUACUUGCCAAAAACUAGCAUUUCAGGACAAAUUGUCUCCGCGAUAUUAGCCCAGUUAUGCUCUGAUGACUCCAUACAAAUCCUUCUAAAAAACAAUUCUCCAUUUUUCUUAGUCACAUCAGCCUUCAAAAACAGCAUAGCAGUCUCAUGUACUGAUUAAAGAUAUGUAAGGCAUGGGUUAGGAGUCAAUUACGUUGAGCAUGGAAUUGGCUAAAACUCAAAGUCACGAGUUCGAAUGUUUUGAGGAUAAUUAUUCACUGACUAUCAGCACGCAGGGAUGUCGGAUUAACACAAGGAAGUUUAACACCAAAGGAACAUAGCCUUUACAGAGCUUUAAAACACAGCAUCCGCCAACACAAACUUGACUUGAACUUUGAGUAAAACUAAACAGCCUCUACCAAUAAUAACAAACUCUCACUUGAACUUCAGAUAUCUUACGGCUUCCGCGAACUUGUAAUGCACCUAUCAAUGGUUUGCCCCAGGAUGGGGGGGCCGGGCAACCCACGGGAAAUUUGAUAUUUUCAGUUUUUCAAAUGUCAAUUUCCCCACCCUUUGGUCCCCAUUGUAAGUCAAAUUCCCACCCCUGUGGACCACAGACCUUCAUAGUAAGUUCAACGAAAUGAUCGGCACUCACAACAAGUUUAUUGCAGCACUCCUCCAGACACAACACUGAUACAACGAUUAAACAAGAUCCUCUCAAAACAAUUCAAACGGUAUUUCUUGUAGACAAAAAUUUUUUAGGGUAGAAUUAUUAAAAAAUUGACAUAGAAAGUAUCAAAAAAUAAGAUUAUUUAAUAAAGCACUACUUGUGAUUGUUUGGUGAGAUUUGGCACAGGUUUCUGGAUUCAUCUUCUAUGUCACGCCUGGAAUAGGUCGUAUUCCGCUUUCAUCCAACUGAUGUUUGUAAGUGAGGUCCACAAUUGACCAGAAUUUCAUUUAAUUUAACAUUUGGAGUAUACUAGCAAAUCUAUAAACACAGAGAGUAUCGAAAACUUGAGGAAGGGCGGCAUCCUCUAAAGACAGGUAAGUAGGAAGUAAAUUUUGAUCUAAAUGAGCUCUUGUGCGAAUAUUUCUUCUCAAAGCUGAAGGAAAAAUACCUUAUGUUAUUAGACCUUUAAAGACAGAGCACUGAUGGGCAUAGAAAACAACAUUUUUGCUUUCAAAAAAGCAACACGAUACUCCUUACCUUUCGUUCAGCGGGAAACUCGCUCAAAUGACUUCUUGGUAUUUUCCAAGAUGGCGGACCACUCACUCAUUCCCAGGUCCUUUCCACUUUUCAAGAUGGCGGUUGAGUCAAAUUUCCCAGCCUGGGACCGUUGUGGAUGUCAAACCCCCCACCCCGUGGUCAAUUUUACGAAGUCCGGUAUCAAAAACAAAAUGGGUUGCUAAAAAGAACAUUUUAAAGGCGGUCGCCCCAUCCUGGGGCAAACCAUUGAUAGGUGCAUAAACACAGAACCUGAAUAAUCGACCUUCGUCACACUUGACUAAACACACACAGCGUCCAGCUCGUGGGAAAAACUUAGUUCGUCAAAAGAACUCGCUUGGAACUUGUAUACCGUUUGACAUAAGGUUCUAGAAAAUACUAAACAGGCGAAUAGUAGUAGCUUUUCGACAUAUUUUAUAAUUUCAGUAACUGAUGCAAAUCUGCUGACUCAUGCUGAAAUGUAAACACGCCCUAAUUAAUUAUUCAUGGCUAAUCCAAAAACGUAGAGAACGUUCGUGAAAGUCACGCAACGCAUGAAAGCAAUUUUACUACGUAACACUCAACAAAGACAAAAUGUCUUUGUGCAGCAUUUUGUAACUUUAAAUUCAUCAUAAAACAGUUCGAAAGGAGGGCUUACUCGUGAAAUGUUUUUCAACACUCGAAGAGAAAUUUCGUGUCUCUGCGCGGCCACGAAAUAUCCUCUAUUUAUUCCUCGAGUAAUUAAAGACUAAACUCGAAGUGAUCUCAAGAUAUCACGAAGUAGUCCGAUCUCAUUUCGUGAAAUAGUUGAAACAAGCCGAAAAGUCACGAACUUGCACGCCCAAUCUUGUCCCGAAACUAGUGCAUCAUUUCAUAACUAUUUUUGAUAUCCCAAACUGCCUUGGGUCGCAGUAGCGCAAUCGGCUAAUCCCUCAACUUAGAGUCUCCUCUGAUCUGACGGGUCACACAGGUGAGUCGGUUCAAACCCCGGGAAAGCCAAAAUAAUUCUUUCUUCCUCGAAAAAGUUAAAGAAUAAAUCAAAGAAAUCGAAGUGAUCUCGAGAUAUCUCGAACUAAUUCGGCUCUCACUUCGUGAAAUAGCCGAAUAGAGCCGAAAACCUACAGACUUUGCUUGCCCAAUCUUGUCAAAAAAUUGCAACUUUGAUACAUUCCUGAGCGUCGCGAAUCCUUUACUUCGCGCUCCGCCGAAGUAAUUACCUAUAUUUGAUUUUGUUUUUGCAAAGAAGUUGACCCGCAUUAGCCUCGCAAUAGUGCUCGUCCCGGGGCCGUCGGGGAAUACAUGAAGACACUUGCCUGUUCUUUGAACUGUAUUUCUUGCAACCUGUAUUAGGCUGUCACCCUGUAUUAAGUGGUCACUUAGCCAUUCCCCGAGGGUGACCGCUUAAUACAGGUUCGUCUGUAGUAUGUGCCAAAAAUAAGCUGAAAUAUACAUGUACAAUAAUUGAUCCUAUCUGCUGUAAAGUAACACUGGAAACAAUUACAUGCUGCCAACUGAGAGGUUGACAAUGAAGUGUUGGCAAUAUAGCAAGAUUGAAUUUCUUUAAGAAUCCGUUGAUUGGGCAAGAAAAAGGUUUUCUGUAAAAAUGUUUAUGAUAGUAAAGAUGUUGGUCUCAUAUCUGACAGAUGUUUUAUUCAGUAGACUGCUCUUUACGUCUUGACUUAGCUAUGACUUUGCCUCCUACGCAAACCACGAACUGCAGUUUGCAGUAUGCGUUUGCAGUUUCGCGUUGCCGGGAUUUCGAAUUUUAGCAAGGCGUCAUUGUUUAGUGCUACUAUGUUGUUAUUCGUCAAGUCUUCACUUCAGGCCUUUAAAUGUGAGGCUGUACAAUUUUAAGUGACAAAAAACCUUGCUAUAACAACAACAAAACAUUGUUAGGAACACAUCAACAGUGCAAUAGAUGUUUAAUGUUCCCCCACAAAUAGAAAAUGUAAUUGAGGCGGGGGAAGGCGGAAAAAGAGAAAAAAAUAUUAUAAUGCUAUAUGUAUAAGAAACAAAAAUGAAAAAUUGCUUACCGCUGGAUAUCCUUCCUGCCGUUCAAACGUGACCUGCAAACGCGACUGGAAGACCGUGGUCAUGUGACACUCUCAGGUUUGCGGUUUUUCACGAAAAACCUGAUGCUAAUAAAGCUUUCUAAUAAUUAUCUUAAACAUGGUUCGUAAAAUCUUUAAAAGGUCUUGAAUUUUAGUAGUCUUCGUGAAAAGUCCUAGAAAUUCACUACCUUCUCUACGCCCGACACAAUUUUCUGUAAAAGUACAUUUUUGUUGUCGCAUAAAAGUUGGCUCACCCUCGGUGUAAGUACCUGUAACCUCACAGGUAACGUAAAAACGUUUUUGGUGCAUGAACAAUAUUUUAUUUCUGCUUCUUUGUUUCGAAUGCUAUUUCUGUACCUAAUGCAACUGCAAGUCAUUUUGCAAAGUGUUGUUUGAGAAAGCAUAAAAUAACGUGAUCAACCAUGGCUGAAGAAGUUAAAAUCAUAAAUGACGAAGCAGCCCUUCUCAGGAUCGCUCUGCUCAUCUUCAUAGCAUGAGGACGGUGCUAGAAAAGGAGCCCUAAACAUAGUCUGCUACACAUAACCCUGGCCAACAUACUGCGGCUGGUGGGGAUCCCACACAGCAGUCGAAAAUCAAAGAAACCAAGAAAAAAUGUACUCAUCCUAUCAUCUUGGAGCGUCAGGAUGCUGCUAGACAAUGCCAAAGCAGACCAACCUGAAAGAAGAAUUGCACUUGUGGCCAGAGAACUUUCCCACUAUAAAAUUGACAUUGCAGCACUUAGUGAAACGCUUCUUUCUGAUAAAGGUCAACUUACUGAGAUUGGCGGUGGUCAACCUUUUUUAGAGUGGACACAGAAGUGAAGAGCGACGCGAAGCUGGAGUUGGCUUUGCCAUCAGAACCCACCAUGUAAAGAAGCUGUCAAGAAUCCCUGAGGGUCUGAAAAACUGCCUGACGAAACUGCAGCUCCCACGUGACCGUCAAGUUGAUCGGCGCCUAUGAUCCCACCAUGACCAACCCUGAGGAAACUAAAGACAAGUUCUAUAAAGAACUCGAUGCCCUUCUGUCAGCUGUCCUUCAGUCUGAAAAGCUAAUUGUCCUUGGCGGCUUCAGUGCAGUCAAUCUAGGCAUUUCUGAGGCUCAACAUCAAACUAAUUGCGACAAAAUUUUCAACGCCAUUUAACCAAGGGUGGCCUAUCUAGCAACAUACUAAAAAUCCGCAAAAAUCCGUUUGGUAGAAAAUGUUAAAAUUAAGCGUUAAACAUUUUGAGCUUUUAACACAGGGCACCCACGUUAGUUGAAGUUAUACGUUAAAACAAAAAAUGCGCAAAAUUUGUUUGUUCCUUUUAUGGAAAGUGAAAGAAGAAAGAAUAACUGAUACCUAGUUUUCGGUGAUAAAAACGUGUUGUCAAAACUGUUUAAUAUCUAACACGGUUGACUUUUGCACAGGAAGCCCAUGCUUUGCUCAAGGAACCCCAAAAUAACAGGAGGCUCACAGAGUAAUAGAGUGAACUUUUGGCUGUAAAACUACAACAAAUUUAGUGGAAAGGCUUUAAAUCUGAAAAAUGAGAGCCUUUACUUAAUCAUUAGAUUUUAAAAUAUAUCCUUUUUAAAUCAGAUUUCUGUUAGGCACAAGGGUAAGAAAAAUAUAUAUCAGAGCUAGAUUUUUGAAUAACAUUACAGCCAAAAUAGGGCUCUCAAACAGAAGUAAAAAAAAAUAGCAGUGCAGCCAUUGCUUUUUUUUCUUCUCUUCCUUUCUUUCUCUUCGUUCUCUCUAUUUUCCCUUUCCUUGUUCUUUUCUAGGAGGAUUUUUGGUUUCAUUUUGCCUUCGGCUUUUGGUCUUUUUUCUCAGUCAAAAGACUGCAAUUUUCGUUCGGUACGUUCUCAAAAACCCAGCAAGAUAAUGCUUUGCAGGCUUUUACGAUAUACCAGUUUCACUCUUUUGAAGCUUUUCGUUUUCUUCUUGUUAAAAGUGAAUGGAGAGGAGGGAGGAUAGUUUAAACUAAUCCUUUACGAUGCACAACAAUGCAGAGUCUUUGAGCAGGUUAAGCUCCAAUGCCUAUGAAUUUGAUAAGAGGGAAAUGCGUUUUCAUUUAAGGAAAAGUGUUAUUACCUUCGCGAAAAAAAUUAUAAAGGUUAACUGAACAUUCAUCGCAUAAGAACUUUGGUUCCAGCAAACGUUUGUUUCAAGAAAACGAAAUAGUAUAAUAGGGAAGCUGCUUUUUAAGGGAAAGAUAAACUCUGGGUAGCCAAAACAAUGCGUAUGUAAAAAUAUCUUGUAAGAGUCUGUGCAGUAAUGGAAAUUCCCCACGCAGAGCAUGAUUCACGCAACUCAGUCAUAAGGUUAACAUGCAGUAAGUUGAAGUGUUACACAACGCACAUCCGAAGAGAAACAUAGGUUCCCCAAAAAGAGGUGAGCCAUCAGAAGCUAAGUCAGGCAAUCCCAUUAAUGUUGUAACUGUGUCUAGUACUUUUGCGCCUUCAUUGAUCAUGACCGCUGUAAUUAUUUCAGACGUAUAGGAUCCCAUGAUCGUUAAGAAAAAGAGGUCUUCAUUUGCCAAUGGACGAGAAAAGCUGAUCAAGGUUCAGGGUUGUUCUCACAAAAUGCAAGGAAGGAAUAUAAACGCCUUUAUACCACAGAGCGAUCAAUCUACUUAUUCAUCUCACCAAGAAAUGAUCAUGAAGGGCUGCCGCAGAAAAUACAAACUGAACACAGAGAUACACUAAACUAAACUGAGAUCUGAGACUCGCUACAAGAAGAUUGUUCACCAUCAGUCAGCUUAUUAAAUUUGGGUGAGGGUAACAAAGGCGAUGCGUGACACUCAAUGCUGGAGUGAUCUCUACCUCAUCAUUUCCAAACUGAAAGGUCUCCAUUUUCAGCGAAAGAGAAGGCCUCAAGGGCAGAAGGUCACCAAGCAACUCCAACCUCCCCACCCUCUCUAAUGACAUUGAAGAAGCGUGGGCCCCCUUUAGGGACACAGUUCACUCUAUUGCCCUCAAAGUCCUCGGGCCGACCACAAGGAAGCACCAGGACUGGUUCGAGGGAAAUGAUGCCGUAAUCCAAAUAAUGUACUACUGGAGGAAAAGUGCCACCUACAUUGAGCCCACAAGAGCGACCUCUUCAGCCAAGCGAAAACGGCUGGCUUCAUCAAGCUGCACAGCCAGAUAUAGACGAAGCUCCUCUCUAUGCAGGACACCUGGCUCAGUGCCAAAGCAGACGAGAUUCAGUGCUAUGCAGACCGGCAUGACACUAAGUGGUUUUAUGAUGCUCUUAAAGCUGUCUACGGACCUCAAUCCUCUGGGUCUUCCCCCGUCCUUCGACCUGUUGGAACUACCCUGUUCAUUGAAAAGAGACAGAUCCUGGAGAGAUAAACUGGACACUUUGACAGUGUCCUCAACCGCCCCUCUACAAUCAAUUACACAACCAUUGAACACCUUUCACAGGUUCUGGUGAACCUGGAACUCGAAUCUCUCCCGACGACUGAAAAAGUGGGGAAAGCCCUCAAGCAAAUGUCCAUCAGGGAAACCUCAGGAUCGGACACAAUCUCUGCUGAGUUGUACAAGGCUGGUGGCUCUGUCCUGCUUCACCAGAUCACCCACCUCUUUUGGUCCUUAUGGGCCAAAGAGCAACUCCUAGUAAAGUUCUUGAGCUACAGAACGAUCAUGCGACUGUAAUGUUUGUUUAUGCUUUAUUGUCUUUCUGUCGAUAGUUUUUCCUGAGAAAGCCCCAUUCUCUCAGAUUAUCACCCCCACCACCUUACUGCCAUUAAAUUGUUAUCUUUUCUUCUUAAUCUUUUAAAGCAAGGAGCCCAAAAGUGUGACCGCUUUUGAUUUAUUCACCUUCUUUUUUACAGAUUUAAUCCAAUCAGAAGCCAGCUGGAAACUGUCCUCGACUUCUGAUUGGUUAAUGUCUGUAUGGAAGAAUGUGAGUUAAUUACAGGAGGUCACCCUUAUGGGCUUCUUGCUGUAAAACUACAAGUAGGCUGCCAGAAAACUAACUUUUUUCAUGUUUUAAACCUUUGACUUCAUCACGAAGGCAUGAAGGAAGGGCUAUACAAAACAGCACAUUGACAUAGCCUUGACAAUAGCAUCUUUAAAAUUAAUGUCGGGGGACUAUAACUAAGAGAUAACUUUAAACAAAGGGAGUUUUUCUCUUUGCUUUUAAGUCCCCCGAACAGACCGUACAAACCUUCGGUCACUGCCUACUAAAAUAAAGGUUAAUUGCCAUAACAAAAUUUCCUUCAUUUUUCCAAAGUUUUAUCUUUUUUUCAUGUAAAUGUGUCAAGCAAUGCACAUCACAUAACAGUUAGCGUUUGAACAUGUAGUUCAACUUGUAAGCAGUUUUCAUGAUAUAUUGUCUACUGUAAUAUAAGCACUGUAAGGACCUGUUUUAGUAAAGAUUGCAUUGAAAAACAUUGAGUGCUCACUGUAACACUUGUGAAUAGUUUCACAAGUUAAAAAGAAAAUUGGCCACACAUCUUUGUAGAUAACUGUGAUAGCUGGACAUUUUCAUGACUUCACACUUACAUGUAAUUUUAUGGUCACCAUGGCACAGAAUGUAUGGACAUCAUCAAUUGUGGUAUUCAUGAUCCCCAAAGCUGCAAAAUUGAAUGCAAGUGCCCUCUGAAUAGCCCAGAAUAAGAAGAGAAAGGACCCAAACUGGCCAAGUGGGGCUAGUAAAACACUCUUUGCUAAUUUUGUUAAGUUGCAAUCUAAACUUUCACACACAGUUUCAAAAAGCAAUGAUCACUAGGCUUGAGGAAUAAAACCACAUGCCAAUAAAAUACCAAAUAACAACAAUGUAUUUAUUUCAAGAAAUAUAAAGUUUACAAUUUUAUGUCCUGUAAAUAGCUAUGAGGCUAAUCUAGGCAGGACAAUACUUUAAAUAAAGACGUUAUUAAAUUACAUAAGAAAAAAGAAAAGAAAAGAAAUACAAAAACAUACAGAAAGAAACACCUUACAUAUAAAUUCACGUACAGGGGAUUUUGUUAUUUGAAAAGGACUAAAAUUACAAAAUUAGAUAUGUUGAGAGUCUUAACAGAAAGUGGAAUUGAAUUCCAGAUAGGCCCACCAAUUCUAGUAAAAGAUUUUUUCAUUUUUUCAGUUCUAGAGAAUUUGACAGAGAAACAUUUUUUUGCAGAUAAUCGCGUAUUAUAAUGAUGUUUUGUAUUGAUUUCCGUAAACUUAUUGAGAAGACUUUGAGGAGCUGUCUUAGCAUGAACGUUCCGAUCUACUAAUUUUGUGACAGAUGAAGUCGAUAUGAUGUUUCCAUGAUAGUUCAGAAUCAAUCAUUAUACCCAAAUAUUUACUGGAGUAUUUAAAGUUGGAUUAAAAAUCUCAAAUUGAGGAAUGAAAGGUAUUCUUUUUUGGCGCGGACGAAAAAUGACAUAAUUAGACUUUUUGACGUUGAGCGUUAGAUUGUUAGCAUUAAGCCAUUCACUUACUUUCUCAAGCUCAUUGUUGACAGUCAAGAGUACGUAGGUUGUCAUUUGCAUAGGUUAGACUUGUAUCAUCUGCGAAAAGAUAAAAAGUAAAUUCCUUGGAAGAUUUAUGGAUGUCAUUGAUAUAUAACAAAAAUAACAAGGGUCCAAGUACAGAGCCUUGAGGCAUUCCACAUACGAUCGUUUCAGUUUCAGAUAUGCAUUUGUCUAUUUCAAUCGACUGUCGGCGAUCUGAAAGAUAUGAUCUAAACCAAGAAUUUAUAACUCCUCUUAUCCCAUAGUGUUUAAGUUUUGUCAAAAGAAUCUCAUGGUUAACAGUAUCAAAUGCUUUCUUAAGAUCUAUAAAAAUUCCACAUGAGUACUUUCUAUUGUCCAUAUUAGAAUGUAUGGUGUUCACAAUAUCACGAAUCGCGUGCUGGGUACUAUGUUUAUUGUGAAAGCCACAUUGUAAAUCAUAAAGAAUGUCAUUCUUUGUCUAUAAACUUUAUCAGUCCACGAUGUAAAAGUUUCUCAAAUAAACUAUUAUAAAUUGAUAACAAAGAAAUUGGCCGAUACUGGUUUCAGGUAGCAAAUGCUAGUUCAGCUGUAUGCAAACACACAAACAACCAUAGCUGAUGAAAGAAAGGAUGACCACUGACUGACAACAAGAGAAAGAGCUCCUUGCUGUUAUAAUAAACUAUGUUAAAUUUCAUUUAACUCCAAUUAAAAUGUACAAAAAUACCCCUGCUGUUGAUGAGAAAUAUUCCUUUAUCAGGAUGUUAAAAGUCACAUCUAAGGACUUUGAAGUUACCAGAUUUUCUUGGGCAUUAUACCCCAGACCUGCUAGAAGGAGGGGACUAACAGCCCUCUUGUUAACAGAGUCAGUUACUCAGCCUAUAUUCGAACUUGCUAGCAACUUUUUGAAACCCCUAAUUUUAUCAGAGAAUUUACAGUGUAUCUUCCUUAUUAAACCAUCCUUUCCUUUUUUCACCUCUUGACAGUCCCUGGAAAGUACGCGGCGUAUGUUACAAUUGGCAGAAGAGGUAAGAGUUAAGCCUGGUUCAGAUGCCGAACUUUUCAUGAGCCAAACCUUAUUCGAAUAAAGGCCGACCCAAAUUUCUUAGACUGGCUGAAUUGAUUCAGAGGCCGAUCUUAACUGCAGCUGAACAAAGUUUAAAAGGCGAAAAAUGCUCCUUUUGAUCAAACUGCUUACAAAAUAUUUGAUUUAGAUGCCAAACUUUUCUUGUACUUAAUUCGAUGCAUUAGGUUCAGCUCGUGAAUCGUUCGGCGUCUGAACUGGGCCUUAGUACAACUCAACCCUCAGUUAGACACCCUUCUAAACUCUUGCUCAUUUACAUGUACAGCUGCUAUGGAGACUUUAUUCCUUUUAAGGUGUAGACCCCCCUGGAGGGGCACUCAAGGGAAGUUUAAUGCUCCUUUUAAAGCUUCUAUUCCAAAAAAAAACCCUGCUCAAGACUCAAGAUGCAGGAAAACCAUAUCCUGUACAUACAUUGUACCAUCUCAGCUAAAUAAGGCCUCUGUUGCAAGGCCACAUGCAUGCACUGUGAGUUUUAAGAUAAUCUGAGAUGCUUAAGUUAAAAGAAUUAUACCCACUGAGAAUAAUUAUGUCUGGCUGGCUGUCAAAGUGGGACUGGAACCUGAAACUGAGAGAGUGAGGUUGUGAUGCAUCAACCACUUGGCCAUUUUGCCUCCCAUAAGUUAUUGCCUGAUUGUUUUUGGGAAAACUAUGGGAAACUUAACGCCCUACAGGUGUGGUUUACAAAGAAUUCAGAUGUCGUUUUAAAGGUCAAAUGAACCAAAAAAUUGAAAUAUUUUCUUUUGUCGCUUUACCUUCGUCAAACACUAAAAAGAACCAUCCUAAGUGAGAUUUGGGUAAAGAUUUUUCUUCCCAAGCCUUUAUAGAAAGAUAAAAGAUCAAAAUCCGAGCAUUUCCGAAGACUCCACGAAAACGUUUCUGAAAUGGCCGCGUGAUAGACUGGAGACUACGUGACGUCAAUGUUGGUCUUUCAGGGCGGAAAAACGUUCUGCGCAAGCUUCUGCGCAUCCCUUAUCGCCUGCGUUUGUUUUUCUCGUUCUGUGAGAGUUCUAACUGAGACUGAAUGAAAUACACGAGGUGCAAACGUUUGGUCCUUGUAGAGGCUUUUUUUUUUGGCUUUUGUUGUUGUUGUUGUUUUUUCGUCACUUGAAAAUUACUUUGGAUUCAGAACAACCAAUGUUAGAGUAAAAACAGAUCAUUCCGUCAGUCUGAGGAGGAAUAAAACGUUUUGAACAUUUCAAAAGAGGUUUGUAUUUUUCUGAUAAUUGUGCAUUCGAUCUGUGAAUUGAUUUUGUGUCCAGUGCUUCGCCUUCUUUCGCCGGGCUGAAUUAAAACCCGCUUGUAUUCUGUUAUUAGUAGUUACGGUUAGUUUUUUUACAUUCCCAGAUUCAUUUUAUUUAAAGUGGCGUCUAUGGUCCUUAAAGUGGCCUCAGUAGGUAAUUAAAUCAUGUACAUAACUGGAGAGAAGUUUUUGCAAUAAUGUAACUUCAACUUUGUUUGAAGGAAAUCUUACUGGGUUUUUGAGAAGUGUUAUGCAUGUUCAACUUGACAACACAAAGCAAACUUUAUCGGCGCGAAACGAUCGAGUUUAAAAAAACUGUAGUUCAGCUUUGAAACCGAUUUUGGGGAAGAUUUUACUAGAUAAAGAUUAACUCUUUUACUGCCCACAUAUCAACGCCAAAACUUCUACAUGGAGGAUUUUGUUUAUAUUUUAGUGUUCUGCGAAGCACAAGUGUCGGAUCGAGCGUGGGUUUUAAAUAUCAGCUCGAGUGCGACAAAGUUCAAUGACAACACAAUGUGGGCAGGCGUGAAUUUCUUUGGGCAAAUGACUAUACAAAGAUAUUUUGUUUUUGUGUCCACAGUGGAGCUCCGGACCUUAUAUAUCCAGAAACUUCCUUAUAUGAACACAUUUUGUGAAUACAUCUUGAAAAAAAUCGGACCUACGCACGCAUAUUUCCAGUACAGCGCAAGGAAAUUAAUGCCGUCGUUAAAGUCCGUUUUACUAUGGUGUAAAAUAAUAGAAAAUUAAAUAAUAAGGUUAUAACCACAGCUUGCAACUUUUGAAGACAAAUUGCUUGUUCUUUCUAGGUUUAUAGCCGCACAAACCACCACAAUUCUGCGCCAAGUCGACUCGAAAAACACUUUUUCGAAUUUCCCGCUUUUUUUCACCUGACCAACAUUGACGUCACAAGCUGUUUUUACCGACAAUUUUUCCGACCGCUCUACGAAGAUAAGGGCCAAAAAAUAACAAUUUUUAAUUGCGAAUAUCUCGGAGAUAAUUGCUUCAAUUGAGCUGAAACUUCAUAGUAUGUUUAUUCGGUUCAUAUUAAACAUAUUUCACUAGAAUUGAACGAAAAUAAAAAAUGUCGAAUUUUUGGUUCAUUUGACCUUUAAAGCAAAAACAGAAGUAUGCAGAAAACAAGCAAGAACUUAGGGUUGCUUGUUUGCUGUUGUUGUUCCUGGCUACUGUUUGUUGAUAUUCCUCUUUCACUGUUUUUGUCCAGAGCCAGGAAGUCGGAAUCAAAACGUUGGUGGCACUGGAUGAACAAGGUGAACAGUUAGACAGGGUGGAAGAAAACUUGGAUCAGAUCAAUGCUGACAUGAAAGAAGCAGAAAGGAAUUUGACAGCCCUAGAAAAGUGCUGUGGUUUGUGUGUCUGUCCUUGGAGAAGGUGAUUAAUUUCUUAUUAAAAGUUGAUCUGAUUGUGAACCCAAAACUGACGAAUCUUCCAUUAAGUAGCAGGUACAAUGUGCAGGUCACAGGUCAGAGUAAAUUCACUUAUCAUAGACUUUAUUACUUUACAUUGUAUUGUCAGUAUAGUGCUGAUGAAUUAUUGUUUCAUUUCUGGUUACAUUGUGUAUGACAUUAUGCAUACGGUGGAAGCUCUCAUAAACAGACACCGUCAGGACGAGGCUGCUUCUAAGAAUAUUUCUCGUAUGUGGCCACUGGAAGUGUAAGGGUUAGAUGGCAGCUUUCAGGAGCUUUCCCAUCUAUAUACAAAUAUAUACUGAGAAUGCAAUAAGAGGGAAAAAAUGUUUAUUUGUUUUUAGCUUUACUGUUCUAGCCUGUGUGCAGACGUCUCCCCCUACCUCAGAAACAGUCAGUCUCUUCUCCCGGGCCCGGUUCUUCGAAAGAUGGUUAAGUUUAAACCAGGAUUAAGCAAAAAUUUCAAUCACGGUUUUCUCGUCUAAGAACGUGCAACUUGAGGUUACAAAAUACUGUUGACCCUUAAACUACGAGAUACAGUAAUGAUAACACAAAAUGGUGCACGUGAACAAAACUCUGAAACCGAUGUAUAUUCAGUGUGAUAAACAGUGACAUGAGAAAGAAAUACAAGAUUCGGAGGGGAAAUUGAGAAUUUGUUGUCCACUUUAUAUGAGAGCUUUAAAAGAAAGCUAACAUCUAACUCAUAAAGCCUGAAAUUGUCCGCAGCUGCCUACAUAAAUGGGUUUUGUGAUGGCGACCGUGAGUAGAGCUGUCUACUUACGAGAGUGCCCCUUAAAGAACAGAACUUCCACUGUAAAAGAACUGAUUGUAGAAUAAUUGUUGGCAGUUUUGUGUAACAGUGCAUGUACACUUACAUGAACUUUCUUUUCUUUGGUUUUGUUGUGGUUGUGUACAUUUUAAUGACUAGUUGGCAUUAGAUUGAGUCAUCAUAAUUUAUGGCAUGGUCAAUUCCUGUCAUAAUUUGGAAGAUUAUAAUAUGAUAACUUUAUCUGAACUGUACCAUUGAAAACUCGCUCUGAGCCUUUGUGCUUGUUGAAGAGUUUAUUUCUAUUCAUACAGAAGCCUCCCAAUCUCAUGGUUUGCAGACUUACAUGUAUGAACAGGACUAGUUUAGUACAAUGAAUACAGUGUAUUUUGUGGCAGUCACUUGUUAACUUUGAAAAAAAAGAGGGAAAGAUAAAACAAGAACCAUAUUACUACUAAUAGUACUAAAAUUGUUGUUUACAUUUCUGCUUAAUUAUCGCCAUUUUUUGUAUAAUAUGACCGUUAAACCUUGCCGCAUACUUUUCAAUUUUUUCCGCAUCCAUAUCACAUCCCAUGUAACUUUGCUGAAACUGGUAACAUUGUUCCUGAUUUUUUUUAUUAAAAGAGAACUCUUAAAGAGAGCAAUGAAAAGCUCGAAAACCUCAACUUCUGAAAGUAUGCUUUUUAAUCUUGGUUGAUGCCUUGAACAACAUGGGCUAACUUUCAUUUUAAGCGAUAGUAAAUUAGUUCAGGAGGACAGAUAGAAAUACUUCCAGUAAUACUUGGUAAAAUUUUCUGGUUUGAGGCCACCUGCCGUGGCCAGCAUAGACAGUCCACCUUUGUUCCAUCCACAUUUGAAAUAUACUGUAUAUACCUCGGGAAACAUUGAGAUUCUAGGGAAACAAAAUUGACUUUUUUCCUCGGGACCAGUCGUUAAGUGUUUAUUACUAAAUUUCAAUGUCUUAGUCAUCUUUCACUCGUCUACCCAUAACCUGAGUGUAUUUACCAUUUUUAUAUUCCCCAUAUUACACCUUGUUUUAACUCUCCCAAAUUUUGCGUUCGCAUUGUCUUCAAUUUCUCUUGGGACGACUGUAAUACCCAGAAGUAUUUGAAAACCAUUGUAAUGCAAAAUUUGGGAAGUAUUAAAACAAGGUGUAUUUUGGUAGUGUGAAAAAUGAUAGUACAAAGUUUGUUAACCCAGCCAUAAAUAACGUGACUUUAGUUUAUGAGUAUAUAUAGUGACUAUUCUAAGGUAUUUGUUGUGCACUUUUAGGCGAAAAAAUUUUGAAAAGACAGAGAACUACAAGAGAGCCUUUAAGAGUAAUGAUGAUGGGGUUGUUUCAAGACAGCCUGGUAAGCCCCUUUUUAACAAGUUUAUUACUUAACAUAAUAAAAUGGGUCGGAGCAUAAACACCUAAGUCUCUUUUUCACCCUUAUAAACGGCCUUUAUUUUCACCACCGAAUUCAGUACGAUAUAGUACCUCACCACAAACAUUGACUCAGGUUGAUGGAUUGAUUGAUUGACCCUUUUUGGUGUAAUCAAUAUUUUUGGCCUCAUCACAGCCGCGCUGAACUCCGAGUCCGUAGAUUGCGUCGUUUUAGUUUCAACAAAAUCUGUACACAGUACCUGAAAUUGCUCUUCCUUUUCCGUCUUGUGGGUUCUCCUUUGCGUGGUUAUUUCCUCUUUCCACCAGUUGCAUUUGAAACUUAGGAGGCUUUGGUAACGAGCUCGCAGGCAAACGGCGCUAAAAUCUAAAGAUGCAUUGAAAUAUCGCAAAGUAAGAGCUCUUCCCAAUGACCUUGGGCAGCAAUUCGAAAGGCCGUCAAAUUUUCUUGUUCCCGUUAUCUUUCUCCUGGUUUUCUCCUGGACUUGUUUUUGCGGGAUACAUGUAUGCAGUUGUGGCGCACAAUGUGUUCGGCAUUUCCCACGAUUUCAUGGGAGCUCAGAAGGGCUUAAGAUGGCAACUAGCAGUAUGGAGAGUGGCAUAAAAGAUAAGGUUGGACAGGGGUUUAUGACCUCUUUGGUUAUGCAUUUUCCAUAAAAUCGUUGUAAAGCGCUUGUAAAAUCGGUGUAAAGCAAUUGGUUAAUUGUAGAGACAACUUUAGUAGCCAUUUAGCAGAGGGUUUCUCUGGCAUAGGUGAAUGCGCAGGAAUGUAAUUAAUUUAAUUGAUUUGAUUUAAUUUUAAAGAAUUUGUAUAGCGCUAGGACUAUAAAAUAUUCAAAAGAGCUUUACGUUAAGUUGUAAUAAAAAAAUAAUAAUGAAAUUCCUAAAAAGCUAGUAAAAAUAAUAAUAAUAACAAUAAAAUUCCAUGCUAAGCUAAAAACUAAAACAAGAAAGUCUAAAAUUCAAUACACUCAGAGCUAUUCUAAUAAACUACAAGCUGUUCUAAAAAGAAAUGUUUUAAAAUGCUUUUAAGGAAUAGUAAGAAAUGAUAUUUUUCAGGAUAUCCUGUCAUACAAAUACCCUUACUUUUCUCCUUUUGUGUAGCAGACGUCUUAACUUCUCUCACCGAAGUCUGCUAGUUGCAUGAUCGCGUGGUUGUAACCCAAUUCGAUUAUAAUUUCUGUCACAAAUAUAUUGCGCACGACGAGAUCUCAGGUGCACUUCCUUUUUUUCCUCUUUUCUCUCUGGCUACUUCACAUACAAAUACACAAACUGUUCGCGGUACGCCCACACCAAAAAAAGAAAUAAGCCGUUUUCGGAAUGGGCUGGUCCGCGAACUCAAGGUUAAUGAAAGGAAAUUAUUUAGACAUUCAAAGACAUUAAUGCUGAAAUAGACGAAAUCAGAUUUUAGAAAUUCAAGGUAACACAAGUUACUUGAGAAACGUUUGGGACAGAAAUGUGUAUAGAUUUCGGGAACUGGAGAUGACUGCAGCAAGAAUGAUUCGAAAGAGGUGCGGUUGUGUGCGUUGCGUGUAGACGAAGCGAUAGAUUGUCAACAAGGGGAAGCCAAACGCAGUCACCGUGGUUUCUUAACCGUUGCGAUAGGCAUCAUUAUCAUUGUUCUUCUUUUAGUUUUGUUUGGAAGAGUAGGUGUUUUUAUACUUUUUUUGUAUUGCAUGUUUUUCUUUCUCGUGUAGAAUGUUCACGUACAGUCCCCUAUUUAUCCGUCAUAUCGUCGAGAUAUAGCGUGACUUACCGUUAAUUACGGCCAUCUUGAUUAACCGUUCUCCGCCCCCUAAUAUAAGUAGAUUUGACACUCAUCUAAGAUGGCAGCCGUUCACGCAAAGUCUUCGAUCUCGUCGGUCUUACGGAGAAAUAGGGGAAUGUGAACAGUCUAUUUUUCAUGUAAUAAUUCGUGUUGCGAUGUUGUACAUGAAUUAUCCUUGGUGUGGAGAUUGUGCAUUUUCAGCAAGUUUUGUAAGGGAGUGAACCGGUUAUCGAUAUUGAACAUUUUUAUCGAUUAUAAUUGAUGAUUUGCACAGCACCACCUAGGUACCAGAGGUUUUUUCUCGCGUGCGACGAGGAGCUUCGUUUCGUCGGCCACAGGCCGACACGUGUUCGGCCGAAGGCCGAAGACACGAGCGGCCAAGCCGCGAGAAAAAACCUCUGGCGCAGAGCGCCUUGAUUUACCGUGGACCUUGAUCUUGUCUCUAAUCUGUCAAUCAAAGCCGCGGUCGCGAGACUGUUUACUAAGCUAAUAGGCCACUUGCACGAUGGCGUCAUUUUACUACUACAACCAGAAUCCUUCUGGGUUUUGCUUUCUUGUGCAAAUUAGGGCUUUUGGUAUUUAAUCCUCGCUGGGAUUACCAAAUUUAGAUAUAAAAGGAAAAGCGUAAGGGAUUCUGGUCCUAGUAGUAAAAUGACGCCAUCGUGCAAAUGGCCUAUUCAAAAGUAAUUAUCUAGGAGGAACGACGUGCUCUAGCUCAAAGAGUCACAUUAUCUUUAGAAAAGCAAGGUGUAGUUUAAAAAUCAUUGCUAUAAUCUUGUCACUGUGCAGUUCUCCAUAAUUUAUGUAGCUUCAGUUUAAGCUGCAAUCCACUCUUCGAGAUUUGGAUCUAAAAAUCACUAAAGGAGAAUUUAACAUCCUGCAAAAAUUACUAACGAGCUGGGCCCAGCGUGACAAAACAUCGCAGGAAACCUUGACAUUCACGGACAAAAGUAAAACGCUUUAAGUUAUUCAGAUCCAGGAGGCAAUUGGAGAAAAUUAAACAACUUAAAAGUUUACUUUCACUUUGCCUCAAGAAAGAAGUUUACGUUUUAAAAGAAUACAAAGAGAAUGUUCUCCACUCGCAUCAGAGGGCGAAUAAUGCCGACCAGAAAUAAACCGCAGAAAAUCAAUGCGUGUCACGACCUCUCAGUAUGAAACAGCGGUAACUAAUGCACAUUUGCUCAGUCAUAAUCUACCCGCUGGAGAAAAAAUGCAUUGGAACAAGCAGCAUUAUGGCACGAGGUAAAUGUCGUGUGGUGCCCACCGACUCCAUAUGGCAGGUAGUAACUGGAACAGCAGUGAUUUUCCAUCUAGCCGGUGGCAAAAGACCACCAGAAUGUCUGUCCUUUGAUUAUAAUUUACAAUGCUCUCUCUUAGUUUCGCACUUAUUUCCUCCACACCAUCGAAUGUUCCUGUGACUUCGGCUAUUUGCCUUAUCUAAAUCUUCCGUACAUACAGGCAUCUGAUAUUUCCAAUUCUAAACGUACGUGAUGUGUGCUUGGAUUGUUUGGAUUUGAUCUACAUCAGCUUCAAACCACCCGCGUCCCGAUCACGCGCCUAUUGUGGUUGUAAUCCAAUCAGAACAUUUGAAACAUUCGAUAUCUCCAAGGAACCAAUCGGCAAAACAUCCAGAUUCUGGAUGUUUUGGUAUAAGCGGGGUUGUAAUUGGCUCGGCGCUAUCAAAGGGAUGGCGCUCUGGUCCAGAGGCUUUUCGCGCGGGUCACUUUUUAAGACUUGACCGAAACCGGAAACAGCGCAUGAAAAGCCUCUGGCACCCAGGGUACUCGUACAGUACACUCUUCUUCAAAAACACUAUUAAAGUGAUCAGAUUUGGUCCGAAAAAUUUCCUACCACAGACCUACAGUCAGCUUUGGUUGCUAAUUCAUUAAAUUAACAAUUUUCUUCGUCGUCCAGGUGUGCGUUAUCAGCAAGAUGGAAAUCGUGGAGAAACACCCAAAACAGGCUACAUUCAAAAGUAAGUGUUAUUCAAGAGGAUAGUCAAAUUCAUACAGAAUACUCCAUGGAAAGUGUGCGCGUACAGUAUUUACGUAGAAGCUUGUUGACGUAUGAAAAAUGGAACGAGUAACAUUUCAAAUACGCAAACAAGGAAUGUGUAUUAGUAUCAUACAAAGCGUGAAAAACGAUAUCGACUUUCGGGACUAUUAGUAAAAAAUACAAUGGGGGUAAGGGUACCGCGCAGCGAUACAAAGUUACAGGGACCGUAAAUGACCUAUAAAUAAACACCCGGGGCGUCUCUUUAAUUUCAGGGGUGCAAGCGAGGGCGUUUAAAAGAGAGAGGCGUUUCUUCUUAUAACUGUAACAAGCUCAAAAGCUAAUGCUUUCGGAAAAAAAUAUCAAGAGAGUUUAAAAAUAGUGGAAUAUCCACUCCAUCAAUUGAUAUGUCUAGGCCGUCUAAUGAUCCAUAUUGCUCUUUCAAAUCCCAACAUCGAUGUCAGAAUCUUCGCUCAGGGUUAUUGUGUUGCCAUCGUUAGUCUAUCCUUACUUUGAAGUUGACAAUAAGCAAGAUGAAAUUCGUAAAGCCUUGUUAAUCAAGCAAGAAACUGAAUGAAUUGAAUGAUUUUGCUCCCUUUUAGUAAUUCUCAAAUUAGGGGCGUUUAUCACUGAGGGGCAUUUAAUACAAUUUUAACAGCGUAGAGGCGGUGUUUAUUAGAUAAGGGGCGUUUAUUUGGAAGUGGGCGUUUAUUAGGUCAUUUAUGGUAAUUUGAACUUUUUGUGCCUAGUCUACGAUGGCCAGCGGAAAAUGAAUGAAUUUGAGUGAAAUGGCCGGUUUGAAUAAGCUAAACAGAAGGCAAAAUAGCUCCUAUUAAAACUGCAACUCACUCUUGUUAAUUUUUUUCCCUUUCUCCACUGUUGCUUUGUAAGCUGACUACAAUAUUUUUCAGCGA